UGAAAACCGUCUCAGUCUCUUUGCUUGUUGGCCCAAACCAUGGACGCAGACACUUCGAACGCGCGAGCCACUUUUGAGCUUUCCAAUGACAUGACGGAAGUGUCGUCGCUGGACCAAGUCUUCCGCUUCAACCAGCAGGAACAGCAACAGCUGCUCCAGUCCCGACCAUGGACCAAAGAUCCUCACUACUUCAAGAAGGUCAAGAUCUCGGCCAUCGCACUGCUCAAGAUGGUCAUGCACGCUCGCUCGGGUGGCAAUAUCGAAGUCAUGGGCCUGAUGCAAGGCAAGAUUGACGGAGACACAAUGAUCAUCAUGGACGCGUUCGCGCUCCCCGUCGAAGGCACAGAGACCCGUGUCAAUGCGGCUGCUGAGGGCUACGAGUACAUGGUCGACUACAUGACUGUCAUCAAGGAUGUUGGCCGUCUCGAAAACGCCAUUGGCUGGUAUCACUCCCAUCCUGGUUAUGGAUGCUGGCUCUCGGGCAUUGAUGUCGGCACCCAGUCGCUCAACCAACAGUUCCAAGAGCCUUGGGUUGCGGUUGUUAUUGACCCCACCCGCACCAUCUCUGCGGGCAAGGUCGAGCUCGGCGCGUUCCGGACCUAUCCUCAAGGCUACACGCCUCCGAAUGAAGGUCCCUCCGAGUACCAGACCAUUCCCUUGAACAAGAUUGAGGAUUUUGGUGUCCAUUGCAAGUCAUAUUAUGCUUUGGAGACUUCGUACUUCAAGUCGUCUCUCGAUCACAAGUUGCUGGACCUGCUCUGGAACAAGUACUGGGUCAACACACUCUCCUCCUCCACGCUUCUUACGAACAUGGAGUACACAACGCGCCAGAUUGCCGACCUCGCCACCAAGCUGGAGAGUCUCGAGCACAAGGGCACCAAGUACCAAGUCCCUGGCAGCACCGAUUCCAAGAAAGAAGACGAGCUUUCCAAGAUUACGCGAGACAGUUCCAAAAUGUCGAUCGAAGCGGUGCACGGUCUGAUGGCGCAAGUCAUCAAGAAUGCGCUGUUCAAUUGCCUGCAUCACCACCAGCAUGGUCCCCAAGGCUCUGAGCACACCCAUGCACCUGCAUCAUUACCCUCGUCCACUUCUGCAGCAAUGGAGCACUCUUAACAAUUUGUUUUUCCGGGCUUUGCUUUGUUUUUUCGUUCUGUAAAAAGUAGUAAAGCUGGCAUUUGUAAUAUUCGUCAACACUGCGGGGAGGGAAGCGGUAA